AUGAGUCAUACAGCACCACCAAACAACCCAAUACAUCAUACAGCACCAUCGAACAACUCAAUGAGUCAUGCAGCACCACCGAACAACUCAAUAAGUCAUACAGCACCACCAAUCAACUCAAUACCUCAUACAGCACCAGCAAUCAUCUCAAUGAGUCAUACAGCACCGCUGAACAACUCAACAAGUCAUACAUCACCACUUAUCAUCUCAAUGAGUCAUACAGCACCACCAAACAACCCAAUACAUCAUACAGCACCAUCGAACAACUCAAUGACUAAUGCAGCACCACCGAACAACUCAAUAAGUCAUACAGCACCACCAAUCAACUCAAUACCUUAUACAGCACCAGCAAUCAUCUCAAUGAGUCAUACAGCAUCACCGAUCAACUCAAUAAGUCAUACAGCACCACCGAACAACUCAAUGAGUCAUACAGCACCACCAAUCAACUCAAUGAGUCACACAGCAUCACCGAAACNCUCAUACAGCACCACCGAUCAGUUCAAUGAGUCAUACAGGACCACAGUAUAA